CCCCUUAUAGUAACUAAAAUUCCCUUCCAUUUCCCAUUGGCUCCCCAUCGUACUAGCUGUUAUUGUUCUGGUUUUUAUUGUUUUCUGUGCUUUUCCUGGUGCCUCCACUUUUCGACAGCAGCCUGUGACCGCUCAACGCCGAUGGUUGCCGAUGGUGGUGCCACUGGGGGAGGUGGCUGGGUGGUGCUCCUAAGGGGGUGGCAUCCUACCAGAAGAGAGCGAGAGCCGCCGACUGCGCAUGCCGAGAGCCUCAAAGAGAAUGGAGACUUCUUCGAGUGGGUGGGAUGGGGGUGGUGCUGGGGCUAUCAAAGAGCCAUAAAGUUAUAGUUGCCACAGCAAUGAAGUCAUUGCCCAAAGUUUAUUGCUAGUUGGAAAUUGUGUUAUUAUUAGGUGGCCCAUGGCCGCUCUCUUCUGGGCGCCCCAUCUCGUUCGCUGUGACCCUGGGGCCGCUCUCUUAAGUGGCGACCCCUGCAGGCGGUAUAAUUUAUUGCGCCUUGAUUUCCGCCACCACCCCCACCUCAUACCCCCAUUGUUGUCAUUUUGGGGGGGGUCUUUUGUUAAGCAUUUUCGAGCGCCAGCCAAAACGCUCCCAAAUAAGAGGAACGACUGAGAAUUCUGUUGAUGGAGAAGAGCAGAAAAUAUAUGGUUCUGUUGGCUCCUAAGGCGGCCAGCAAACUGGAGGCAUCCUCUAGUUGGCAAAUUCGCAGCGUAGAGUCGAGAGAGAUUUGAGCGCUAUAUAAUUUUCCCGGAGAAAACGUGGCCAAAAGCGAUAAAGUAGCAGACCCCUUGAACAGUUUACCGUCGGCAAAUGAGUUGAAAUCGUUUUCAAGAAAUAAUCCAUAUAUAGUGUCGAAUUGAUUUGUGGCCAAAUGUCCGGCUGACACGGCCAAUGGAUCUGAGGCUUUUCCCGCCCCCCUCCGCGUCUCCCUCCGCUCGAUUCCCCUCCGGCCGCAUCGAGCGAACAUGUGCCCCCUAACGCCCGUCGAGCUGCUGUCCACGAUUAUCCUCGAAAAGCGAAAACUUCGCCCUCCAACCAAGCGGAAAAAGCUUCGCAAAUAGCUAAAUAAAUAAAUAUUAUUAAUCGGCAAUCCGUUUUCCACUACGUCAUUCAUUUUCCGGAGGUUUCAGUUCGACGGAAAGUGUCGCUCAGUCCACUCCAGGUAACAUAUACCUUGAUCCUCUCCCUUCAGCUUGUGUUUAUUUAGCUGGGGGGGGUCUAUUAAAAAGUUCUAUAAACUUUCGAAACAUCUGCCGGUCUUCUCGAGGCGAAAGUUUUUCCUCCUCAGCGAGUGUCGAAAGUGUUUUGUUUAAAUAAUUUUCCAGUUUAUGGGGGUCAGAGUGCAUUAUUUUGAUGAAGUUGCCAAGGGGAAAGUGGCAUUUUUAUUUUCUAUAAUUUUUUUUAUAGAAUUAUUUUUAUGGCCAAGCUUUGGAAUUUAUGUUGUUCAGACCAGUUGUUCUCCAUUCAGUUUUCCGCUUAUAUGAAGCUAUUUUCAGAAGUAUUUCCCAUUCAGCUGAAAUCUUUUCCAUUUACCACAAGUAUUUCCUUUUCUUGGCAAUACCUGGCCUUUUGGCAGAGCCCCCCUCCCCCCC